CAGUAUCUGGAUCCGUAAAAUUAUCUUUUUAGUCCAAAGCGACAAUUGAAUUCUUUACCUUAUUUUCACACAACACGAUCUUUACGAGCUUCUCCUAAUAAAUUGAAUGAGUCACACUCACACGCUCACACCCCUCAACUCCUCUUGAAUGACAUUUAUGAAUUACUAUAUAAGUAACCUCUGAUGUGAGAUUUUUCACAAAUCAGAGGAAUUGAAAAUGCUUCCGUCGUUUUUGAGCCUCACUUCUCUAUACGCCAAUUACCUUCGGCGCUGUUUCACCGGCGCGGGUCUAUCAUCGCAAACGGUGAACGUGGAUCCCGAAACGACGGUUCACUUUUGGGGUCCAACAAAGCAAACCACAGGAAAACCUUCCCUGGUUCUGAUCCACGGAUUCGGACCAGCGGCAAUUUGGCAAUGGCGUCAACAGGUGAAGUUCUUGGCACCUCACUUCAACGUGUACGUUCCAGACCUAAUAUUCUUCGGAGAAUCGACGACGAAGUCGAGCGAGAGGAGCGAGAAGUUUCAGGCGGCGUCGGUGGGGAAACUGUUGGACAGGUUGGAGGUGAAGAGGUGUCACGUGAUUGGCACGAGCUACGGUGGGAUGGUGGCUUACAGUUUGGCGAAGAUGUUGGGGGAAGAGAGGGUUGAGAAAGUGGUGAUUGCGAGUUCAGGUGUGAACAUGACGAGAAGUAGCAACGUUGCUUUGGUUCAGAGGUCUGAAUUGGAGAAGAUUGAAGAUCUCAUGUUGCCUACUAAGCCCCAACAAUUGCGCAAAUUGCUGUCACUGUCCGUUUACAAACCUCCCCAAAUUCUUCCUGAUUUUUUCCUCAGAGAUUUCAUUCAUAAAUUAUACGCAGAACAUAGAAAGGAAAAGAUGGAGCUUCUAAAAGGGAUAUCCAUCGGAAGGGAUGAUACUUCAAAAAUUUCACCUCUUCAGCAGGAGGUUCUCAUUGUCUGGGGAGAACAAGACCGGAUAUUUCCUGUGCAAUUGGCUCGUGAACUGAAAGAGGUAAUUAGUGAGAAGACAAGAUUGGAAUUGAUAACGGAGGCAUCCCAUGUGCCUCAACUGGAAAAACCAGGAGAAUUCAACAACAUUGUUCUAAAUUUCUUACAAGCGCGUUCUUGAUUAUUUUUUAUGAGCACUUCCGGUAGACAUUAAACAUUAAUGAUAUUUCGUCUACAUCAUAAUUUUUGUAAAGAUAUUACCAUUCUGAAGAUUUAGCUUUUGAUUAAAAAUAAUUAAUGCUAUUUAUUAGGAUUUUGGACAAA